AAGUGCGCUCUGCGUGUAGUAAAGAUAGCAGCCGGACGUCUCAACUGUCAAAUCUCGCGCCAAAGGGCAGAGUAUGAGCUUGUCCCGUACUGUGGGUCUCUCUCCAAGCCCUUCUCUUUCUUUCUUCCACACCGUGUUUAAAUCUUACAUUGAAAGCAAAAACUCUGGCCGGGCUUUGGUCCUCUUUCGCCAAUUGUUGCAAUCCAAUGUGAGACCCAAUGACCUCACUUUCUCUUUACUCCUUAUGGCCUGUGGAUCGUCUUCGUCUUCCUCUGCUUUGAAUUCAAUGAAGGAAAGACUAGAAGCAAAUCAGAUUCAGACCCAUUUGGUGAAAUCAGGCGGGGACCAAUUUGUGUAUGUAAGUACCGCCCUUCUUAAUUUAUAUAUGAAAUUGGGAUGUAUAAAACAUGCACAGCUAAUGUUUGAUGAUAUGCGUGAUGGAGAUGUUGUCUCUUGGAAUGCAUUGAUUUGUGGGUAUUCGCGAAAUGGGUAUGAUUUUGGUGCGUUGGAACUCUUCGUUCAAAUGCUUAGAGAGGAUUUUAUCCCUAGUCACACGACUAUGGUUAGUUUAGUUCCAUCUUAUGGUCCGCGUGAGCGUGGAUCACGUGAAUCUCAAGCGCUUUUGUGUGAGGUUGCUGCUGCUGUUUUUAGUUUUUAGUUUUUGUUUGUUUAUGUUCUGGCUUUCGAGUUGAGGACGGAUAAUUUUCGGUGUGAGGGCUUAUCUCUCAUGGCCGGUUAAAUAAAAACUUUUGUUGUAGAGAUAUAAUCAACUCAUCUCUUAGAUUUAGUUUGCCAAGAGCAGAUCUAUGCCAUGAAUGAAGUUUGUACAUGGGUCAGAUUAGAGGUCAUAGAUACGAUUUGAUUGUUAGAUUUUUCGAUGUAUCUACGACUUUGAAAUCACAUGGCUUCUGCCUAUUUUCUUAAGA